AAAAAAAAAAAAAAAAAAAAAAAAAUGCUUCUAUAAACAAAACAGAAUAGAAUUGUUGCCAAUAAAAAGACACAAUGCGCAAGACAUGGGUGAAGCGUGAGAACAUCUACUACAAGCCAUUCUACAGGCAGAAAUCCAAAAUGUUCCUGCUGCUCAUCUUCCUGGUGGGAAUAUCGUUCAUCGCCUAUCAGGCCUUCUCGCUGAACCAGUUGCCCACGGUGCACUCGCCCUGGAACCUGCAGCAGCUGCGCCGCAAGCACAAGGAAAUGAUGCAGUCCCUGUCCCUGGGCAGCAAACAGCGCGACGUGGACCCCUUCGAUGGCGGCGGGGCAACGGAGGCGAGAGUAGCGGCCGCUGCUGGCCCGGACACAUCUUCCGCUCCCGAUGUGGAGCCCAUUAAAAUUAUACGCGGUACGCGCCUCUUCGACUAUGACGCGUACAAACCAAACUUUGAGGGCAAGUUCAAGUGCCUGGAUGGCAGCAAGGAGAUAGCGUUCGACCACUUGAACGACAACUACUGCGACUGCGAGGCUGACGGCAGCGACGAGCCCAGCACGAAUGCCUGCACCAACGGGCGCUUCUACUGCCGCUACCAGAAGCGCCACAUAACUGGCCGCGGCCAGGACAAGUAUGUGGCCAGCAGUCGCGUGAACGAUCACGUAUGCGAUUGCUGUGACGGCAGCGACGAGUGGACGACACACGUCAAGUGCCGCAACGACUGUGCGUAGUGCCCAGGAACCGCUGCAUAGCAGACAGCCUGGACACCUCCGACGCCACCUCCGCCAAGGACAUAUACAUAAAUCUCAAGGAUGAAGCAGUAGCAGUCUGUGGGCGCAACACAAGCGAUAUUUUUUUACAAGUACAAUAGAAUUGUAAUUUAUUUUAAAAGUAAGUAGUUUGAAUAAAAGAAACAAAUUUGAAGAGCAACAACAGUCAGUGUGUUGAGUGUUGUGCGUGUCUCCUUCUACUCUGUAUUCGUA